ACUUCUUGUUUUCAGACACUCCCAUGCGUGGUCCAAUCACAGCGCUGGGUUUCUGUUUCCGGGAUGUUUGGUGAUGUGGCUCUGAAAUCCUGGAGACGAAAUUGAUCAAAUAAACCACGCAGCUCUUCCCUGCGCCGAUUACACAGAUCAGCCAUGUUAAGCCGGCUGACCCAAGGGGUGUCCUCGGUCCUCCAGGAGCUCUCGGGUGAGGAACGCUCCGAUGGAGACUUACAGCAGGAUGGGCUGGUGCCUCAGCCCCAGCCUGAUUCUGAAGCAUCCGUGGAGGGCCCGGGCCCCUCAGAAGAGGUCCUGGAGAGGCUGGCCCAGACAGAGCAGCUGGUGGUUCAGCUGAAGGAGCUGAUUCGAGAGAAGGACAGUCUGCUCGACAGCACUGAAAAACAGUUCAAGGAGGAGAAAGAACAGGCAGAAGUCAAGUUUACUAAACUUAAACUGCAAGCCAAAGCUAAGAUGGCCUCCCUUAACAAACAGAUCUCUGAGCUGAAAGGACAAGAAGCAUUGAACAGCAGUCAGAAUUCAGAGAGCUCUUUCCAAAUGGCUCCAGGAGUGGAGGAGGAACUCCAGCAGCUGAAAGAAAAGCUCAGCCAGGCGGAGUCAUCCAACAAGAUGCUCCAACAGCAGCUCUGGGAGGCUGAACAGCGUGUGAGAGAGGAGGGUCAUGCAGAGCAGGUGCGAAUCCUGCAGGCUGUGGUGAAAGAAAAAGAUGUUCGAUUUCAAGAUCAAAUCCUUAAACAUGAGCAAGAACUCCUCAGUCUCACGCAGACCUCAAAUGACCCAGACUUACAGCAGGCUCUUCGUGCAUCCCAGCAGCGCAUAGAGGAGUUGGAGGAGUCCUUGCGUUCUCGUUCAGAAGUCCUAGAAAUGUUGCAGCAGGAACUCAACAGUGCAGACCAGCAGAAACAGAUUCUGACUGCUCAGUUCAGGCAGAUGGAGCUGGAGUUGGCAGAAGCCCAGAGACUGAGAGAAGAGGAGAGGCAGCAGUGGACCAUGCGAGCUGAGGAAGAACUCCAGGCUCUUAGAGCCAGACUAGAGGCUUCAGAGAGUGAAAGAGACCAGACCGUCAAUUCUCUCAACGAUGAAUUACAGAAAAAGAUAACAGAGAUGGAUGAAAUGAGAACUAAACUUGAAUCUGAAGAAAGAGAGAAAGAAGAAACGCUGGAGAAAUUGAAAGAAAGAGAAACGGACUUUGAGGCAGAACUGGCCAAAAUGAAAGUAUGUCUAGAAGCCAGAUUGGAGACAUCAGAGAGUGAGAGAGAGCACAGCAUCAGUGUACUCAAUUUCAACGUUACCCAUCUCAACGCUGAAUUACUGAAAAGGACCACAGAGUUAGAUGAAAUAAGAACAAAACUUGAAUCUGAGCAAAGUGAAAAGGAAGAAAUGCUGGAGAAAUUGAGAGAGAGAGAGACUAGCUUUGAGGCAGAGCUGGCCAACAUGAAAGUAUCUCUAGAAGCUAGAUUAGGAACACAAGAAAGUGAAAGAGACCAGACCAUUAGUGCUCUCAACACUGAAUUACUGAAAAAGACAGCGGAUGUGGAUGAAAUGAGAGCAAAGCUUGAAUUUAAAGAAAGAGAGAAUGACCAAAUUCUGGAGAAAUUUAAAGAGAGAGAGACUAGCUUUGAGGCAGAGGUGGCCAACAUGAAAGUAUCUCUAGAAACUAGAUUAGAAACAACAGAAAGUGAAAAAGAGCAGAACAUCAUUGCUCUCAAUGCUGAAUUAAUGAAAAAGACCACAGAGUUGGAUGAACUGAGGGAAAAACUUUCAGCUGAAAAGAGAGAACGACUGGAGACAUUGCAAGAGAGACAGACAAGCUUUGAGACAGAGCUGGCCAACUUGCAAGCCUGUCUGGAAGUCACAGAGAAACAGAAAGAGGAAAUGACAAAGAAGCUGGAGGUGGAGCUUGCAAGUCGCAUGGAAGAGCUUCAUCGUCUUCAGGAGAAGCUUGAAGAAGUAGAAAGAGCAAGGGAAGAAGAAUCUAAGAGUGAAAGAGAUCACUUAGCACAGAUGCAAAAUGAGCUUGAGUCAUUGAGAGAGACACUGGACGCCAGUAAAGAGGAACAUAAAGCAGGACUUCAAACCAAGGAUGCACUGGAGAAACUUUGGAGAGGAAUUCGCUCUUUGACAAUUACUGGGGAGGCCGAGGUGGAACUAUCCAUUCCUACGGACUCUGCUCAGUUCUUAGAGGUGUUACCUGCUCUAGAAGCACGGCUGAGCAACAUUACAGAUGAACAGCAGGAGAGUCAAGCACACAUGUCUCAGAUCACACUUACUCUACAAUCUCUGCAAGGUCAACUUGAUAAAAGCAAAGCUGAAGGAGAGGAAGCAGUUGCUAGGAUACAGGAACUGGAGCAACAACUUCUGACUGUUCAGGUUACUGGUGAGUCAUUAGGUGGUCAUGUGACUGACCUGUCUGUGAAGGAUUUGGAUAGGGCACACCAGGAUAACAGUGGAGAUGGACAUAGUUCAGAAAAUGAAGUCCAGACUGAUCGGAUACUGUUUCUGGAGCAUGCGCUUGCAGAUAGAGAAAGAGAACUUUUCACUCUCAGAGAAAAACUGUCACUCACCACAGGCCAAACUCUGAAUAUCCCAGAGGAGGAAAGUGCAGACAGUGUAAUCAGAGGAGACAUCGCUGAGUUGCACGACAGCUCUACAGCUCUAUCUAAGGUUCUUGAAGGCUUACAAGAGGAAGAGACAACACUUGUGGCAGUAGACACCUCUGUUCUGUCUGUCUCUGCUGGCAAUGAGAGUAGCCCUGAGCUUAUAGCACCUCAACCUGAUUCUCCUGGAGAAUCAAAGGGUACUUCCUCGGAUGAGAUGGUGACAAGCAGUGAUUCAGAGGUGGCUCAUAGUAGCUGGACUCUUCUGGAAGCAGUCAACCAAGAUGGGACUCAAGAGUGGUCGCCCCAAGUUCAGGACUUUGCGACACUACGCUUAUCCACCCAAUCUUGGGAAGAGACCUGUGAUGAGCAGGUCGCAUCAACUAGCUGCAUAGUUGAUAUUGAAUCACCACAUUUAGUUAUCCAUGAAACUGUACAGGUACGUCUUGGCCAACAGGAGGGAAGUCUGCUAAAUACAGAUUCAAGCACUGGUCAGGCUUUUGCACAGGUAUUAGCUGAAGAGAUACAGAAAAGAUACAGUGAACUUCUGGGAGAGCUUCAGCAGUUUAAAGACUCCACCUUACAAUCACAGGAUAAAGUCUUCCAGCUGGAGGAAGCUUUGAAGUCACUUACAGUUUCCAAAAAUGAGGCUGAGUCCAGGGCAAAUAUCUACGAGAAAGAGCUGAUCGAAGCUAAGGCAUUGAUUGAGCAAGAAAAAUUAGAUGGGCAAAGUAUUGCUAAUCAGUUUGAGAACUUGAAGGAAGAGUUUUGCUCUAAAGAUGAUGAGCUGCAAGUUUUACGGGCAGGCCUUGAUGAAGCCCAACAAAGACUUGUUGAACAAGAAGGUCAAGCUAGAAUGCUGGCUGCUCAACUGGAGGACAGAGAGUUUGCUUCCUCCGAACUGGAACAGAAGCUCUUGGAUAUAGAGGGCAGGUUAGUGCAGGUCUCUCAGGAAGCUGACAUGGCAAAAGCUGCUCUCAUUGACAGGAAGGCUGAUCUGGAAGACCUACAAAAGUGUAUUUCACAGAAAGACCAGGAGAUGAUGGAAAUCAAUGAUAGCAUGACUGGCAAACUACUCCAGGCUGGAGAGGAAAAUUUUUUAAUAACCAGUGAAGUCAAAAAGCUAAAAGAGCAAAUUUAUGAACUUGAGAGUGUCAGGGAUAACCAGCAGAAAACCCUAGAGGAUAAAACAGUAGAAAGUGAGGAAAUUGUUGCUUUACGAAAUGAAAAAGAGGACUUGGUUACUCAAAUGGCUGCCAUGAAGAAAGAUGGAGAACAGGUCAAAAGAAAGCUGCAGGCAGCUCUGAUACAGCGGAAAGAAUUGAUGAAAAAAGUUGCAGACUUCGAGAAGGGGGCUGAGAACAGGGAAGAAAAGGAAAGAGAUGAUAAUGAGGGAAUAACUCUUCAGUUUAAAAAUGAAAUUAAGGAAAAAGAGCUAGAAGUACAGAGACUUGAUGCUUUGUUGCAAGAAACCAGAGAUGUCUUAAGUUUGAAAGAUAAGACCUUAACAAGUCUGGAACAAAAAAUCUGUAAACAAGAUCAAGCAUUGACUGAGUCGCAUGCAGAAAUACAACAUUUGACAAAGCAGUAUGUACAAAUGAAUGAACAACAAAUGUCACAGGCAGUUGAUGACAAAAAUAGACUCCUUUCACAGAUAGCGUUCAUGGAAUCUGACAUUGAAACAUUGCAUAAAAAGCUUCAGGAAGCUACUGAUGCUCAUGAGGACACUGUUGUGAAAGCUCAAGAGAAAGAUCGUCAUCAUCUUGAGCAGAUGAAACAGCAGAAAGAAGAAUGCAGUGAGCUUCUUGAACGCCUCCAAACUGAAGAGGGAGAGAAAACUGGCUUGUUGAAUCGUAUUAUGGAGCUAGAGGGUCUGCUAGAAUCAAAUAAUGCUGCAGAUAAAGUGGUGAGUGGGAAUGUGGAUGGUAAUGUUGAGUCUACUACACAGAAUCUAGAGAAACCAGAGACAAACGAUUGGGUUCAGGAGGACUGGGUGGAUUUUGCUUCAGCCGAGACUGAGACACAACAACAUAAACUUGCUGAGCAAUCUCAGCAGCCCAUGAUAAAAGAUAAUGAGGACAUUAUAAAUGCUCUCCAAGAGGAAUUGAGAGUUGAGCAGGCUGCACGUGCGGAAUUAGAGGUGUGUCUACAAGAGAGCCAAUCCUCUCAAUCACUUACAGAUUGCAAAUUCAAAGAACUUUCCCAAGAACUUGAAGACUUGAGAGAAAAGGAGAGGCAGAUUGAUGCUCUCACCAAGGAAAUAGAGGCUCUUAGGGAGAAAUGUCAGAGAGCCGAAGCGUAUGCAGAGAAGUUGAAAGCGGAGGUGGAUGAGGCAUGGGAAGCAGCUAAAAGAAGCACAUCAGAUACUGAGUCCUUAAUCAAAGCACUUCAGUCAGAAGUAGAAGAAUUUAAACACUUUCUUAAAAACAAGAAUGAUGAGAUUGUUGAUUUAAGCCAACAGUUUAGUGAACAAAGUUCACUUCUACUUAAGAUGCAGGAAACAGUACUGGCGAAAGAUCAGCAGAUUGCUUCAUUACAAGAAGGGUUUAAAGCUGAGCAAGAUAGGGUUAAAAAACUGGAAGCCGAAAUGCCACAACGUGAGGAAGAAGAGAAGGAUAAUAGUGCCAAACUCCAACAGCUUCAACGUAAACUUCAGGCUGCUCUUGUAUCACGCAAGGAGGCAAUCAAAGAGAGACAGGCGUUGAAGGAGGAAAAGGCUGCUGGUGAGAAGAUUAGAUUAGAGCUACAACAGAAGCUGGAGUUAAUAGAGGUGGAGCUGAACAAGUCAAGAGAAGAAAGGAAGAAGUUAAUUGAGGAGGUGGAUCGAACUUUGUUGGAAAACCAGAGUCUGAGUGCAUCCUGUGAGAGCCUUAAACUUGCUAUGGAGGGUGUUUUGAAUGAGAAGGAUGCAUGCAAACGACAAGCUGAGAGUGCCAAAGAAGAAUCCGAACAAGUGUGCAGGCAGCUGGAAGAAAAAGUGCAAAGCAUGAAAGAAGAGUAUGAAUCUCUCCUCAAGUCAUAUGAAAAUGUGAGUGAUGAGGCUGAACGAGUGAGACGAGUGCUUGAAGCUGCUCGACAGGAGAGGCAGGAGUUAGCAGCCAAGUCACGAGCCCAUGAGGUAGCCAGACAAGAGGCGGAGAGGUUAGCUGAGGAAGCUAUGAAGGAGGUGGAUGUUGUAAAAGAAAAAAUGAGAAAAUUUGCCAAGGUCAAACAUCAAAAGAUUAUGGAUCUAGAGGAGGAUAAUGAAAGGCUUAGGGAGCAGGAAGAGAAGAAAUUGGUCACACAUACAGAAACUGCGCUGAAACAAGAGCUUGAGAGAGUCAAACAAGAGUUUGUGACCUUGAAAACAAAUUAUAAUAUUGCUAUGGAUGAUAAAAACUCUUUGGAGCAUGAAGCUGAGGAAUUAAGACAGCGUUUGGCUGAGGAAAUUGAUACAAAGGGCAGUGAAACCCUGGACACAUGCUCCAUGGAGACUUUUAAGGAAGUUAAAGUCGUCACACAGCAGAGAAGUCCUGAUUUAAUUGAAAUCCAAGAGUACCAGAAUGAUAGCAUUUCCCUAGAGGCUGAUCUCACUAAGCCAGUGGAAUCCAUUAAUACUUCACUUGAACAAGAAGUCACAAAAUUGCAAGCAAAAAUGAAUGCUCAAACAGAGGAGAGGCUCAAGGAGCUAGAGACCUCUCUCCAGACGGCAGAGAGUAAGAUAAGGGAUCUUGAAGCUGCUCUUGAGGAUCACAUGGAAUCCAGAAACAAGCAAGAAUCCAUGUUUAAUGCAGAGCUGGAUUCCCUCAACCAGCAGCUUCAGGAGACUUUAGAGAGAGAGAGCCUCCACAAUGUAGAGAGCUCUAAGAAAGAGACCCAACUACAAGAACUCCGCACUAGCCUAGAGGCUGAAAGAGAUGACUUGGAGGAGCGGUUGAUGGACCAGCUGGCUCAGCUCAAUGGCAGCAUUGCAGGCUACCAGCAAGAGGCAUCUGACAGUCGUGAUCGCCUUACGGACAUGCAGAGGGAAUUGGAGAAACUGGAGAGAGAGCGGGCUGAGCUGGAAGCUGAGGUGGCAAGUGAGAGGGGCCGGGCAGCCAGGAUGGAGGAGGACAUGAGGCAGGCCCAACGAGAAAGAGCAGAGGCAGAGGCUGAGACAGGCAAACAAAGAGAGCUGGAGCAGAAGUUGAAAUCUGCACAGAGGUUUAAAGAAGGUAGUCAAAGCAGAACACGUCAGCUUGAGGAACUGCUGAGGGAAAAGCAACUUGAAGUCCGUCAGCUACAGAGAGACUGCAUUGAGUACCAGGAAAGAAUAAGUGAACUCGGUAAAGAAGUUAAGUCAGUGCUGUUGGGUAGAGAUGAGCUGAGUGCAGAACUUGAGGCAGCGCGCUUGGAAAUUGCAAAGAACAUGCAAGACAGAACAAGUAUUGCAUCUGAACUUUCAACAUGUAAAGUGAAGCUAGACAUGGCACUGGAAGAAGCAAAGCAGGCCCAAGCAAACAAGCUUGCUGCAGAACAAAUGGUACAAUGCAAAGAGGUCGAGUUGAAGGCAGAUGCAGAGCGUACCCUGGAUGAAGUCAGGUAUCGCCUUGGAGCCGAGCUUAAACAGAUGGAAUUAAGACUAGAAAAAUCUUACAGGGAGCGGGAGAGGGAGGAAGAGGCAACCUUGGAGGCAAGGAGUAUUGCUGAGGCCACAGACAAGCAUGCCCAGGAAAUGCAAGCCCGUCUGGAUAAAGCACUGGCUGGGUUAGCAGCCUUUUCGCGCUCCAUGUCGUCCCUGCAGGAUGAUCGUGAUCGAGUGCUGGAUGAGGCCAAGCAAUGGGAGAGCCGUUUUCACAGCGAACUACAGGAAAAGGAGGCUGAUGUUCGGGGGGCUGAGACUCGUGCUAAAGAACUAGCUGAGCAACUCCAGAAGGAGACCACCCUAAAAGAUGAGCUCCAGAGUUUAUUGGAAAGAAUGCAAAAGGCAGAAGAUAACCUACAACUUGAGCUGUCUGAGGUGGAAAAGAAACAUAAUGAAAGCCUUGCAGCUCUUGAGAAAGAAAGAGUAGAUCUGCAGCAGAAGCUCACUCUGGUAGAGACCAACCUGACCCAGACUCGCACCCAACUGACUACCCUGGAGACAGAGGCAGAGGGUCUAAGGCACCGCACCAAAACCCUAGAAGAAGCAGUGUCUAAGCUUCAGGGUGAUGCUAAUGAGGCACGUGCAGUGCUCAAGGAAAGGGAGACAGAGGAAAGGAGACUAUACUUGAGGCUUGAGCAACUGGAGACAGACCUGGGAUCUUCAAAGAACCUUACUGAAACUCUUCAGGCUGCAUUAGAUGAGAAGGAGAAGAGGGAAAUGGAGCUCCUUGGUGAGAAGGAGCAAGCUGUGACACAGGCUGUAGAUGAGGCUAGAAAGGAUGCAGAUGGAAGGGCUGAGAUGGCAGAAAAAGAGCUGGAGGAGAGGAGAGAAGAGCUACGUGGUUUAGAAGAGAGGCUCCGUAAGGCUGAGGAGGAUACCUUCCAGAGCAGAGCGCAACUGGAGUCCUUCACCAAGGCUAUGGGCUCCUUGCAGGAUGACAGAGACAGAGUACUCAGCCAAUACAAGCAGCUAGAGGAAAGACACCUCCAGGUAAUGAUGGAGAAGGACAGCCUUAUCCAGGAGGCUGCAGGUGAAAACAAUGGAUUAAAGGAGGAGCUUCGAGCCUUUUUGUCACAGCGGGAUGACCUCAAUGCAGAGAAUGCCAAGCUGGCUGCCCAGCUUCAUGGUUACAGAAAUGACCUGAACCAGGUUCUUGCUAUGAAGGACUCCCAGCACAAGCAGAUUCUUGCUGCCCAAGUAGAGCGCAUCAGUUUCCUGGAGAGAGAGAAAGAAGGUCUUGAGAGCCAUAUUCGGGCUCUUGAAAAAGACGUUGCGCAAGGGAAGGUACCUCCAUUGGUGCAGGAGAACUUAAUCCAGGCCAGCGAAGGAAAUGUUCGAGUCGAUAGGCAAGAUGCUCCCGGGGCCGAGGUAGAGAAGCUCAGGGAACAGCUCAAAGCUGCUAGAAAAUGCAUCACCACCUUGGAGGAGACCUUGGAAUUGGAGAAGGAGACCCAGGCACUCCACAGCAAAGAGUUGAAGGAGCUGCGGUGGGAAGGCGGCGUUCUGCGAACCGAAGCUGAAACAGCAGAGGAGAGGGUGGCGGAGUUGGCACGAGACCUGUUGAUGAUGGAGCAACAGCUUCUUGAGGAGAGGGAAGCAGCCUGUCAGCUUCGAGCUCAGAACCAGUCUUUUGGUCAAGCCAUGACCUCUCUGCAGGUUUCAAGAGAUCAAGCUGUCAGUGAGGCCAAAGAGCUGCGUCUCCGUUUAGAUGACAUAAACCGGACGGUUCACCCAGCUUCUCCCCCUAGUGGCUCCAAAGGAGAAGUGUGGAGCCUAAAAAAUGCUCUAGCAGCACUGCAAAAUGACAGGGAAAGAAUGUUGGAACAGCUGCAGUCGCAGCGCUCUGAAUUGGAUCGACUUGGAUCUGGUGAACUAUCCAGGCUCACUCAGGCUUUAGAGGAAGAGAGAAGAAAGGCAGAGGAACGAGUGGAAAAAAUCAUGGCAGAGCUGAGGGAUAGAGAUGCCGAGAUGGACAGAGAUAAGCAAGAACUGGAAAUGCUCAGGUUUGAGAUGACGGACUGGCAGGGCCAGGCCGAGCUCUUGAAGCAGCAGACCCUGGCCACCCUCUCAGACAGGGACCAACAGGUUCGCCAGCUUAAUGCCAUGCUGGAGGAAGCACGUGCAUCAAAAUUACAGCAUGAGCACACACAAAGACAGGGAAGCCUUGCAGUAGAUGCUGCACCUGGUGGUCCUCUAGAGCACAACGAGGGAUAUAAAGCGGAGUUCACUGAACUCCAGAGGAGGCUGGAUGAGGAGUCAGAACAGAGACUCAGAGUAGAGGAGGAGCUCAUCGCUGCACAGGAUUGCCUCAAACGCUAUACACAGGGGGAGUGGCAGACAGCAUCUGAAGCCAUGACGUCAGAGACAGCUGUACUUAUUGAGCCACCGGAGGGUGCUGUUACACGGACUCGUAGUGGUGGACCUGGGCUGCUGCGGAUGCUGCGAGUCGCCUUCUGCUCUCGUCAGCGCACCCCUCUGCUGGUGUCACUCUACCUGCUGACUGUUCACGUACUGUUGCUGCUAUGCAUGGGAGGAUAUCUGUGAGAGAGACUCAUCAGGCUUUACUGAGCGGAAGACAGUUACAUAUUCAUUCACUUAUACUAAACAAAACAAAUGGACAGGAUUAGCUAAUUUACAUUUGUCUGUGAACAUUUUUCCUUGCUUUUUUUUAAUACCAAAGUUGCAUCUGAUUCUGUUUGUUUUGUUCUCUAUUUUUAUCGGAGCACUCUGACAAAAAUAAUUUCCACCCAGUUUUAAUGGGACUUGUCCUGACUAGUAACACUAGAGCACUACCUGCACUUCCUCAAGAACAUUGUUUUACCCUUUUAAGGACGCCCUCAUUAAUGAAGGAAUGUUUAUGCAUCAUUUGUAAAAUGUAGAUGAAGUUGACAUGGUAUAGUAUCAGUUUUUUUUUUCCUUUUCUGUCAAACAGGGUUUCACAUUGUCUGUGAAAUUGUGUAAAGGUAGACAUAAAAAUACUUAUUUUGACCACAUUCCAACUUCCUAUAAUUAGUUUUUUUGAUAUCUCUUUAUUUCUGCAUAAAGUCAGUGCAUUCAAAUGUAAUGUAAGGGCAAAGCUGAUACAGUUACUGUACGCGUCUACUAGAAACGUCCUAGUUUGCUGACGUUCUCUUUCAUGGCAGAUAAGUUUGACAGCUUGGUGCAAUACUGUCAUUUAUGUUUUGUUUUUUCCCGGUUUAUUUGUAGGUUUGGUGGUUGUUUAUUUUCUUUAACACACUACACAUCAUGGUCUUUACACCUGGACUACUAUUGCUUUUAUUUACCCUUAAUGGCAUAAAUGAAAUGCCUUAAUCUUGGAUUGUUUUAUUACCAAUUUCUUUAGAUGUUUUGAUUCGGUUUCAGGUCAAGUCAGCUUCAUCAAGCUUCAAGUCAUUCAUGUUCCGAGUAAUCAGGUUUUCUGAGCCAGAGCCAGACUUCCUAUUCUCACUAUUCUACUGUCACUCAGAUCUGUUUGGGCUGUAUAGGGCUGGAUUAGAUUAUGGUUAAAAUGUUGUCUCUUACAGUGAGAUUUUAAGCACAGCCCAAUAAGUGUUUAAUCUGUAAAAUCUCUGUAAAUGAUCCUUUCUCUCCCUCCUGCUACCCUGUUGUAGGGGCUAUUUUUUGGAAAUAAAGUCUAUUUAUGUGAAGACAAACA